AUGAGUAAUAGAAAUAUAUCUACCAGAAGCUGUACAUUAAAUCGUCGACCAGUGGAACAUUCCGAAGUGUACCACGUGAUUAUUUUUCCAUGUGAUAAUUCAUUUUCAGUUGUUAAAUCAAAGCAAUGCUCACCAGCUGAGCAAGAUGGUUUUGUUUUCGUACAAUCAGGCCAAAAAAAAUAUAUGGGAUUUAUUUUUGAGACUGGUAAAAUGGAUGUUGAUCAUCAAACUAUGGCUAAGUUAUUUUUUGACUUAGGAAAUUUUGAGAUGUGCAGUAAAGUCGCUGAUCGACUUUGCCAAAAAAGGCAUGAAGAGAUAGAAAGCGAUUACGAACGACAAAAUGCAAAUACUCGACCAAAAGAAGCUACUUCAAAUACACCAGAAAAAACGUACACUACAUUAAAGGAUGUGCCAUUAUCUAUUGAUAUACCUGUUGCCGUUGUUCACCAAGAUUCAUCUCGUCAAAUUGUUUCAAAUUUCCCAACAACAACUAACAGUGCGACUCAUAUUAUUUCGAAUAAUUUACCUUUAUCGUCUCCAGUUAGAGAAACAAGUUUAACUACCACAAAAAAAUCAUCAACAACGGCGUCUUCAUCAAAUUUGAAUGGUCGUAAUAGAUCUACAGUUGACUGGUCACCUUCUCCAUCACAUAACAAAAAGAAAAAAAGAUCAGUGAAGAAUCAAAAAGAUAAGGUAUCUUCAUCAGAUAUUGAGUCAGAUGACGAAGAUUUAAUACGAACAAAGGAAAUAAUUAAAACUCCCACAUUUACUGGUCGACGAAUUACUAAUUCAAUUACAACAGAUUGUGUAACCAAAGUUCCAAGUGAUGCAGAAUCGUAUUUCAGACAAAUGGAAAAAAAAUAUUUUAGCCCAUUAUUAACUGCUUUAGAACGAAUUGAGAAAAUGAUACAAACGUUAUAUAAAAAUCAGUUGAAGAUUCAAAAGACAUUGAACAAGAAACAAGUAUCUAUUGCAUUAAAUGAACCUGGUGCUGAUGACAAUGAUGAUAUGAAUUUUCCAAGUAGUUUGAUAUUUAAUUCUGCUGAUGGUAUGUCAAGUGUAGAUCUUUUGAAAAUCCCUGCAACUAGAGACAAAGCCAAUCUUUAUGUUACCAAUCUCGUCGAAAAAAUGUUUUCCAUCGAUGAACUAGUAGAACUAAAACCAGAUCAAACGCAUGAAGAUUCUAGAUAUCAAAUGAUACGAGGUUAA